GGGUGGGCCGGGGUUCUCAGCGCUCCCCCGGACCUGUGCAAGUGUUUCCGGAUUUAUCCCCCCUCCUCCGGCUGUGACGUCACAGAUCCAGAACCGUGCUCGACGGUAGAAAGGGUCAAGACCGCAGGGAGGACCCAAAAAGGAGGAUCUGAGACUUCCUGCGCCACAGCGCCCAGCACACCUGCACCGUGCAUGGCACGCUGCCCUGCAAGCAGGCCGCUGUGAGGCAGCCGCCCAUGGAAGUUCUCAAGGUGCAGUCCCACCUGGAGAACCCCAGCAAGUACCACAUCCAGCAGGACGGGAGGCAGCAGGUGAGGCAGUACCUGUCCACCACACUGGGUGGUAAAACAGGAAGCCAGUGCCCAAGCCAGCCACCGGAGCACGGUAUGCCACCCGGGCCUGGCAGCAGUGCCCCCAACAGUCCCAUGGCCCUGCUCACGCUCAGCUCCAGCUGUGAAAAAGAGAUACAGAUGGAUGAUGUCAUCGAUGACAUUAUUAGCUUGGAGUCAAGUUACAAUGAAGAUGUCCUUGGACUAAUGGACCCAGCUCUGCAAAUUAACAACGCGCUCCCUGUGUCUGGGAACUUACUGGAUGUAUAUGGCAACCAGGGACUUCCAAUCCCAGGUCUGGCCAUUAGCAGCUCCUGCCCACCCAACAUUAAAAGGGAAUACACAGCUUCUGGCAUGAAGCAAGUACUGGACAAGCCUGGGUCCAGUGGCCAGUAUGAAAACUAUCAAAGGCCAGAGGGAUUUCCAGUAGAGGCUGAAGUUCGUGCACUUGCUAAAGAAAGACAGAAAAAAGACAAUCACAAUUUAAUUGAACGAAGGCGGAGGUUCAAUAUCAACGAUCGCAUCAAAGAGCUGGGAACUCUGAUACCCAAGUCUAAUGACCCAGACAUGCGCUGGAAUAAGGGCACCAUUCUCAAAGCAUCUGUGGACUAUAUCAGGAAGCUCCAGCGAGAGCAGCAACGAGCCAAAGAGCUUGAGUGCAGACAGAGGAAGCUGGAGCACACAAACCGCCAUCUAAUGCUUCGUAUACAGGAGUUGGAGAUCCAGGCCCGGGCGCAUGGGCUCACAGUGGUGUCCUCCCCCUCUGUCUGCACAUCAGAACUGAUGGCCCGAGCUAUUAAACAGGAACCCGUCCUGGGUGACUGCCCAUCAGACCUUUACAGUUCAGCCCCAGACAUGUCCCCCCCAACAACACUGGACCUAAACAAUGGCACCAUCACCUUCGACCAGAUGCCUGCAGAUGGUGGGGACACUUACGGAAACUCCAGAACCUGUAAAAUGAAGGAGCUGAUAAGGGACAACACCCUGUCGCCUAUUUCCCCGAGUGAUCCUCUGCUGACCUCAAUGUCCCCGGAGGGGUCCAACAAGGUCAGCAGCCGCCACAGUUCCAGUUCGAGUAUGGAGGAGAAGGAACAUGGCUGUUAGCGUUGUGUAGUACCAUAAGCCUAGAUGACACUGACGUUUUUCAUACUUUUUGCCUAUUUCAUGUUAAACUGUUCAAAAGUUAUAUUUUACCAUGACCUUUUAUGUUCUCUGAUAUACACAGGCCUUGUGCAGCCAUCUGAUUUUGAAAAUGGCAUAAAUGCACAUAUUAUAAACUGGUACUUAAAUAUAAGUAGUUACGUAGAUAUCGAUAUAAAUGCGCAGUAUUGUUUUCCCCAUUUAAAAUUUUGAUUUGUAUUUUGAACAAGUAACAGGUAUUACUAUUACCAUGAGUAUUAUUAUAUUAAUAGCAUUUAUUUAUUUUGUGUUUUUAUCAAUAUGGAUUGUAAUUUAUAAGACUCCGUUUUUUAAUCAAACUCUAACAUAAUCCUACACAUCACAACUAGUUCGCAGGUCAUGUUAUAAAGAAUGUUUGUAGAUGUACAGCGUCACAAAAAUAUUUUUUAUCAACA